AUGGCGAGUUACAAGAGUGGCGGGACGAACCUAAGUCAGCAACCCGAAGGAAGUGUCCCCUCCAUCGAAAGCGUCCCCCCUGGGCAAGGCCAAAACAGACGCCACCCCAUUAACGUCACGGCGUACCAAUGCACCCAAAGAAGGAGCACAAAUGAUGACAGGAAAGGUUUGACCCCCAUGAGCAGAACGAAGAAUUCAAAUGUUACCUUCACAAAGUUGCAUGGAAACAAUAAGUACCAAGGGGAGGGAAAGAGCUACUGUCCGACUGUUAAUGGUAGCCAAGCGGUGAGUACAGAAGUGACUGCACCAGUCAUUGAACCAGUCAGUGCACCACUGAGUAACCACCCCAAUCGGAUCCAAAUGAACAGAAUCACUCAUCCGUUUAAUGAAAAUGGAGAGUCGAGCCACCAGAACAAGUUCGGUUUCCAUACAGAGGGGAGAAGUAAAAACUGCAUGCUGGUCCAAGAUUCAGCGAUUCGAAAUGCGGGUGGAAGGUCUUCUUAUGGAGAGUAUAACAUGAGUGGCCCCAAGUUGACUGGUACCUAUCGUAACGAAAGAAGCUGCUAUACUGUCUUGAAUAAAGGAAGCGAAUUGAAUCUCCCUCCAGGGUGUAAUAAUGGCAUGGCCCCUUCCGACAUAAUACAGGAGACCCCUCCUGGGUUCGAUGAACGGACGCGCCAGGAGAAGGUAAACGUGUCGAACGAAGAAAAAAGCACAGGCGAAAUGCGCAUUGCUCAUCUUAUCACGAAGGAAGUUAAGCACAAUGAUGUUUUUAAUCCCCGAGUGGGGGGUAAGCAAAGGAGAGGAGAGCUACAGGGGUCGAAACAGCGGACAGAACAGAGUCUCAUCAAUCUUGGAGGAAACCUGCAGAAGGGGAAAGUGGAGCCCACCUUUGACGAAAUCGGAAAGCAGUUGGAAGUGAGGCAAUUCGCCUUGCAGAGCAGCAUUAGUCUAUAUAGCAGCACUGACAACAGCAUCGGCAAUAGCAUCCACAACAACAUCGACAAUAGCAGCAAUUGUAAUGGCCAUCGAGACGACUAUAACCAGGUGAAAUAUUUGGCCAAGCCCACGAUACGAGAAAAAGGAAACCUCGAGUUUUCCAGCAAAAGGAGAAAUUACAGGAAUGGAGCUUACAACAGUUUCUUUACCCCCCCGUAUGAGCAGAAGAGAAAUCUUCUGAAGAAAGACGCCCCAAAUGGUUUUGCAUCUUUCAACUCAAGUUCCAAAUUUGACUACCCAUUUGAUAGGACCCUUUAUGACAGACGUAGACAAGGAAUAUCUCGUGGAAGUGGCCUCCUUCCUCUUGUGAAUUUCCCCCCGCUACAGAUAAACGACGUGUCCUCUGUGGUGAAAUAUUCUGGGGAGACACUCUAUAAUGGAGUCACCCCUGCAGGAAGUUCUCUUCUUUGUCCCCCUCCAUUGUGCCCCCCUCCACGACAAGAAGGACGUUCCUCGUUAAUAGACUUGACAGGGAGGCGGCUCAGGGGGAGCGUCCUAAAUCCAGUGAGCAGAGACCUAGAAGGAAGAAGGCGCUUCCUGUCGAAAUCGAACGAAUCAGUGGAUAGCAGCUGCUUCAAUUAUAACUCAAGCGAAUUGACUAAUCUAUCCCCCGACAUGAGGACCUCCACCAGCCUGAAUUUAUGCCUCAGUCUUGGGUUGAAAAAGAAGACUAAAAAAGUGAUGGGAUUGGAAGGCCUUCCAAGGAACACUAGCAGCAUGAAUGAUACAGUUCACCCCAUGACAGAUCUCUUCUUGUCUAACAAUGCCAAAGGAAGCAGUAGGAAAAAGAAAGGAAGUAAAAACUUCAGUCUAAAUCUAUGUAGUGCUUGUCUGAACAUAGACGACGGUAUAUACCUAAAGCAGAUCAACGAAAUUAUUAACAGAGAUAUCGUUUUCUCGGAUGACGAUUUGCUCAUCAUGGACGAGCUGACCAAAUCGGGAAUUCACAAUUCCUACGUGUUUAACAACAUCAAAAGUGUCAGCACCUUCCGCAAAGGAGGACUAACCUGGAUCGUCUACAACAACCAUGGGGGGUACCCUUCUACAAAGAGUCAAUCUCAGGGUCAGGCUCCGACUGAUAGUCAUGCGCAUAGUCAUACGCAUAGUCAGACCCUUAGUCAGACCCAGGUGACGAUCAAUUAUGACAAAGCAGAUCCAGACCAUCAAUCGGCACAUCUGGGGGGGGACCUAAACGAUAGUGAAUGCCUCUACGUAGAUUUGAUCAAGAAGAAUAUUUUCUGCACAAACAAGUACAUUAUAGAACCCACCAUUGAGAACACGUGGUUGAAGAAGGUCCUGAUGAUCAUUAAGAAAGAGCAUCUAGAUCUAGAUGCCUUUUUUUUUAAGCUCAAAUUUUAUUUUUACAAAUCGGUCCUAUUCUUAUACCAAGAGGGAAUAAAAUCCUACUUAGGAGAUGUAGCCAAUCAGAUGAAGAUAUACAUUAAUUACAACUUCUGGUCUGCAUCUGAGGUGGCUUUUAUUUUGAGACAGCUGACGAAUCUGUGUAGCAUACAAAUUGAAGUGAGAGUGAAGGGAGAAAUUGGGUGCGUCAUUUAUUUGAAUAAUGAGCCUAAGGGGUUCCAAGGCUUUGUAGACAGUCACAACUUAAAUGAUACCUUCACCAAGAAGGACUGGAUUUUGCUCCACCGAUUUGCCAUUAAAAUGAUGCAGUACAAGAAGGAGGGCAGUGAAGACCAGGGGGGCGAGUCCACUGAGUCAGCUCUUCUCGCCAGUGGGGAGGGGCAACUUGGCGGAGUGGAAAAAGACGCGAUGGGAGAGCACAGAACGAAGCGCCAUGGCGAACGGAAACUGCUUGACCAAAGCGACCGGGCGCUUCCGGCUUCUUCGCGAAAGGAGGACUCCCCCUUUGGAGAGGACAGAUCGGUUAGUGGCGGCAGCAUGGAGCUGCUCUCGCCUGCCAGCGUCGCGCUCGCCGCGGUGAUCAGCAAAGCGGCCAUGGAGGAGGAGCCUACCGAAGUAGCGGACGAAGUGACAGUCCAUGCUACUACCAACGCUGCUACCAACGCCGCUAUCAACGCCGCUACCAACGCCAUUACCAACGCCGCCUCGACUGCCAACCCCGGCAGCAGCGAAGACGGCAGCGAGUGUAUCUUCUGUUCAUCCAGCACCAAGAAGCUCAAGUCUUACAUGUUUAACGGAGGCAGGUACGCAUUCGCAGCCAAACUGAAGAACGAAAUUAAACACUUCAAAUCGAAGAGACUAGGAGAUAUUAUCCACCUAGUACAGCUAGCUAUACAUAAAGGGAUAUUUGUUUACUCUCAAAGGAUCCUCCUGCCCGUCUCGGCAUGCGAAAAAAGUGCAGAUGAUUUGUACCCAAAGAUCAAAAAUUUUAACUAUGAGCUAUGUGAGACAUUAGGAGAAGUCAUGAGAAUCAUCUCUCUGCUGGUCGAUCACAAACCUAAUGGACUCGUCUUGGCCCAACUGAAGCAACAGUUCAUUCUCCAGUUCAAGAAGGAGCUAAACAGCCUGCACUUCGGUUACAAGAAACUGCAGAAUCUGCUCCUAGCCAAACCGUUUAGUAAGCACUACAAGUUGUACAUCCCUAACAACAACAUGCACCGGACACACAUUCAGCAUAAGAAGUACAGGACCCCGGACAACUGCAGGAUCUUCCAGAAGGAGACCAUCAAUGUAGGCUCCUUCCUCGAGUUCAUCGAGCACCACGAGUUUGGUAGUUGCAGCGCGGAGGGGGAAGAGGAGGAGGAGGAGGAGGAGAAAGAAGAAGAGGAAGAGGAGAAGAAAGAGGACGAACAAGAAGAAGUCGUGGUGGAAAUAGCGGCUCAGAUGAGCCCUGGACUACCCAGAGGAAACCACACAAAUGUGCUGCCUACCCCCCACAGGGGGAGUGAAAACACGGGAGCCCCACCAAGCGGGAAAGCUCGCACACCAUCAAACUCAGCAGUCAAUAAGGAAAAGCAAACAGGACAAAACCAACAGAUUCAAAUGGGUGAAAAUUCCAAAGUGAGCAAAGGACAUGGGGACGCACCAGAUGAGUCAGUUACCAAAGGGGGGAUAUUAUUCUCCACUAAGGAGCACCAAACGGACCAGACCGAGCAGACUGAUCAGAGCGACAAGACUGAUCAAAGCGACAAGACAGACCGAAUCGAAGAAACCUCCCACCACUGUCGCCCCGUUUGCACCGAAGAGGUAGAACGCUCCAACGUCCCAACGAAAUGGCAAAUGAGCAGAGAAGCGAAUCAACCGAGGGGAAUCAACAGAAGGGAAUAUCUCAGCUACAGAAAUUUGAACAACCUCCCGUUGUUCAUCCGGGAAAGCAUAGAAAUGACCCUGGAGAACCAGGAGGAUGAUGGGUGUACCUUUCUCCACAUGGAAGACGUAGCGCAAUUUUUUGGAGACCAGCAGGAGGUCUCCACAAGGGAAGAUCCAAAGCAGAGGAACGACAUAUACCUUUCGAUUUUGUCACGAAUGGAGUCAGCAGCAGAGGAAGAAAACCCAAGUAGAGGUGAAGACGCAGCAGCAGAAAUUACGAAACAUUCGCGUGGAGAGACCCCCACUGGAGGAAGCAUCCUUCGCAGUAUUUUGUACGGCAUGGACCUAGACGCGGAGAAUGCCCACGCUGAGAAGUUGAGGGGAAUAACGGCCAUUUUCGCAGGUGAGAAGGAUCCGCGUGGACCCCCCGAGGAGGAGAGUGACAAUCAGCAAGGUAACAUCUGGCACUACUCACCAGUGUCUGAUGACACGCAGAAGGACAGCACCCAUGUUGCAACUCCAAACAUAGUAACACUCCCCCCGCUACUCAACAUUUUUACCUUAAUUAAAAAAUACAAAACAAAGAAAAAAAAAAACUAUCACUUGUUUUUCGAGCAAGGAAAUAACAACAACGAUAUUCGGAGGAGCAGAAUUAGCGAUGAGGAUGUUUCUCAACAGAAUGAUCAUGAGGGCAAGUCGAAUGACACAAAGGUUGUCUUCCUAAAGAAUAAUCCCUCCAUGGCAACUGUUCCUAGAGAUGUCCCCACAGCAUCACCAGGAAAUAAAUUUCUCCGUUUUAAGAUGGGUCCUAAAUUCUGUUAUUCUUCUCGCACUGUGGUAGAUAUGGAGGGAUCAGAACUUCUUAGACCAUUUGACAGAAAUGGCUUUUACGAGAAGGGGGCUUUCACCAGUGCGGACUAUGUUGCCAAUUCGAUGAGAGAAGACGACUACUCGGGUGAGUCCCACUUUGACCUGAACAGAGUCAGGCAGAAUUACUCCCCAUAUAUGAAAAAGAACCAAGGGGGAAAUCUUCCUCCGAGCUAUCCUUUGGGCAAAAGAACGAGAGGCUUUAUUAGGGACUCUUCUUCGUCGGUGGCGCACGGGGGGGAAGUGGUUCUUCGCGAAGGGGGGUCUCAUGCGCGGUCCCCACUGCGAUGCGCAGUGCAGUCCAAAGUGCAGUCUGCAGUUCAGUCCGAAGUGAAUCCCCCAAACUAUCCCCUCCCUUCCGCAACUACCAAUGUGAAACAAAACGGGCAGUACAGACAAAACGAAACACACCUCGGCCUUCUCGACAGAGAGAUAAACCAACUGAGCGAUUGCAAACUUGCUCAAAAUAGCAUCCCUGAUCAAUAUUGCAGCAUUUCGGAGGAUACUUCCCAGGCAGGAGAAAAUGCAAAAGGGCAGCUGUACAGGCCCCAAGGGGAGGAGGAAAUUAUCCCUCAUGGAGACUACUGCCAAUCGAAUGACCUCAACCUCAACAUGUGUGAACCUAGUCCAUCCGAUGCAGACAAUAGCUACAUGGAUGAGAAGGACCCAUACGGAGUGCCCCCAAUGGGGAGCACCACCACUGCAUGCAGUGUCGACAAAAGGUGUACUCCACCAGAGGGAACAAGUGAAGAACAACUCUACAUGGGAGGAGAGCACCCUCAUUUUUAUACUUAUAAUUUGACCGAAGGAAAAAAUACAGAGAUGCACAGUGGGGAGAUCAACGUGUGGAGGACAGAACUUGCGAGCAGUCCAGAUAGCAAAAUGGUCGUUAAUAAAAACGAGCAAGCAGAUAGGGACCUGUCCAUUUACGCCAUUCAAGAGAAACUCGCUGAGGAUGUGGCACCUUUUAAGAGCAGCGCGGCUAACCAGGGGGGAAACACUUUCGAAGGGGAACAGGUGGAGAGCCUCUCUGUUGAGGCCACCCCUUGGGAAAAAGACGCCGAUCUGUUAGGACCCCCCAAACAUGGCACGAACAAUCUGAUGAGCCAACAAUGCGUAGGUCCCCAAGACGACGAAGCAGUUCACAAAACGAAGGAUAAACCCUCGGAGCAGGACCAGGACUCAUCAAACCAUUCCAAUGGUAAGCUGUACCAUGUGAAGGGAGAAAAUGGCUUCCCAAGCAGUGGCCGCCUUUCGAGUGAGAAAGCAUCGGCACAGGAUAAUACUGCGGGAGGAGACAUACACGAUGCUCUCAAUUGUACUUACUUAAAAAAAACGGACUACAUGAACUGCGACCUGAACAGAGUGGGAGGAAACGCCGACAAUAACAGUAACUCUACUACCACUACAACCACGACUGUCGCGAAUAACAACAACGGGGGGAGCAACAAUUCGGGCCCCAGCAACUCGGUCGUCGAUUACCACAGUGGAGACAGCAACACACAGAUGAGACACACCCCGGAUAGAGCUGAAAACGGCUGCUAUGUCCACACCACGAAUCUGAUUGGCCAAGAAAGUGUAGGCGGAGGUGCUGAGGUGAAGACGAAUGGGCUGCUUCACCCCCUAAGCGGACAAGUGGAAGAAUCAAACAGAAGGUUAACCAAAUCGCUCACGUAUCGCCCCAUCAGUGACGAGGUACAGCAUGUAGGGGAAAACCACAGAGGAGACACCCCCGCUAGUAGCCUUACGCAGAGUGAGUAUAGCCACCAGUACCAUCCCCAGUACACGCACCAUUAUGCGCAGCAGUACACUCGCCAGUACACCCACCAGCGCAACUACCCCACGAGCGACAAAAGGAGAGGUACCUACAAGUGCUACGAUAGGGAGAUAGAGCCAGGGAAGAGGCAGUACAACCCCUUCGAAAGCAGGAACUCAUUAUUCACGUAUGCCACUGGGUCUUAUGGGGGAGGCACCAACCUACGGGAAGGAUACAAGAGGGAAAAUGACAUGAAAAGGAAAUUUUUUAAAAAAAACGAAAUUGAAAUUAAUACACAACUGGAAGAUCUUUUGAGCGUGAAAAAUCAUGUCACAGCAGAAGGCCUCUUUUUCUCCCCCAGAAAUGAGGGGAAGAAAUUUCGAAAUGUUAUUCCUACGAUGAGCACGACAAGACAGGAAAAGCUACAAACCCCAAAUGGAAGCAGCAUCGGUAGCAACAGCGGAAGCAGCUUCUUUCACUACAGAAAUGACAGAAGCGAACAUGCUUUUAAGAGCAGGAGCAUACUUAAAAGGAAUAAAUAUGUUGACCCCAAUGUGGGGUUCAGUCAGGAAAGGAAGAGGAAUAACCAUCAGUUUUUUAACCCCCUGGAGGGAUGCCAACAGACAGAAGGAGAAGGAGAAAUCGAAACAGAAAAAGGAACAGAAAUCGAAACAGCAGCAGAAAGACAAAGACGCACAACUGACGGCACCUACGCAAUGGUAGACAAAAUCGGCAACCAUGUGACCGAUUUGGGAAGAACUCCUGACACGGUGCUCCACAAACACAACGGAGGCGCGAAAAAUCAUUUCCUCCAAAGCAGUUACUUUCCGUACCAUCAAAAUAAGAGAAGCGGCUUCAUCAAAUACGGAGAUGUAGAAACGUCCUAUGGAAACCACAGGGAGGUGAAGAAGCCACACCUCAGGAAGUUUUUCAAUUGCGCACCAGACACGGGAACACCACUGACGAAUGAAGGCACUUCCAACUUUGGCAAAAUUUGCAAAAUUCGGAACAUUUAUUUGGAUCAAUUCCCCCGAAAAUAUUUCCCUGGAGAGACAAACAAGUUUUGUAAUGCUAGUUUAAAUUACUCCUACCAAAAUAGGGGAAACGUCGAUUUGCCUCCUGCUUCGAACGAGUACGUGAAAUUUUCGUCCCUGGUCAAGGGGAAGACUAGAAUAAAUGCGGACCCGAGCUUUGUGGAAAAUGGGGCGUUCAAAGUGGGGGGACAAAUCCGGGACCAAGUGAGGGACCAGGCUUCCCUCAGUGAAAUCUAG